AGUGCGCGCGCGAGGUCCUGGCCGCGCUACUGUGCUGCUCUGAUCCCCGGGCGAGAGGAGGUGCAGGUGUCCCAGUGAGACAGGACGUCGUGCCAGGCGCUAGCAAGGACCCUUUGGCAUGGCCUGGUUCUCCGCAGAGCGCGCACUCCCAGACUCCGAAGACGAGACCUUGUUCGCUGUCCACGAAGAGACGUCGUUGCUGCCCGAGAAGAAACAUGAAGAGGCCACCCUGGACACAGAAGCUGGCGAAGAGAAACUCAAGUAUCCGAGGUCGGUGUUCUUCAUCAUCAGCAAUGAGUUCUGCGAGCGGUUCUCCUACUAUGGAAUGCGAACCAUCCUGGUCAUCUACCUCACCAAGAUCCUCAGCUACUCGGACAACGAGGCCACCGUGCUGUACCACACCUUCACCAUGUUCUGCUACUUCUUCCCGCUGCUGGGCGCCGUCGUGGCAGACAGCUGGCUGGGCAAGUUCAGGACAAUUUUCUACUUGUCGAUCGUGUAUGCCAUCGGAAACAUUGUGGUCUCGUUUGCUUCAGCCACAGGAGCUAUCGACAUACCUGCCAGGGAGCUGACCAUCCUGGGCCUGCUGCUGAUCGCGCUGGGCACCGGAGGCAUCAAGCCCUGCGUGUCGGCCUUCGGCGGCGACCAGUUCCUGCUGCCGCAGCAGGAGCGCCAGCUGCAGACCUUCUUCUCGCUCUUCUACUUCUCCAUCAACUCGGGCAGCCUCAUCUCCACCUUCCUCACGCCCAUCCUGAGGCAGGACGUCAAGUGCCUGGACCAGGACAGCUGCUACCCGCUGGCCUUCGGCGUGCCGGCGCUGCUCAUGGUGGUGUCGCUCGUGAUUUUUGUGGUUGGGAAACCAUUCUACACCAUCAAGAAACCUCAAGGGAAUAUUAUCGUUGAUGUCAGCAAAUGCAUUUGCCACGCCGUGGCCGUGAAGGUCAAGGGCAAAGGACAGAAGCGCGACCACUGGCUGGACCACGCCGACGACAGGUACCCGCAGAAGCUGAUAGAGGACAUCAAGGCCACGCUGAGGGUGCUGCUGCUGUUCGUCCCGCUGCCCUUCUUCUGGGCCUUGUUCGACCAGCAGGGCUCCCGCUGGACCAUCCAGGCGACGCAGAUGAACGGGGCGCUGGGCGGCUGGGCCAUCAAGCCAGACCAGAUGCAGGUGCUCAACCCGCUGCUGGUGCUGGCGCUCAUCCCGCUGUUCGAGACCGCCAUCUACCCGCUGUUCGCCAGGUGCCGCCUGCUGCACCGGCCGCUGCAGAGGAUGGUGGUCGGCGGAGUGCUGGCCGCCGUGGCGUUCGCCAUCUCGGCCGUCGUGGAGCUGCAGCUGGAGUCCACGUACGCCGUGACGCCGGGGCAAGGGCAGGCCCAGGUGAGGAUCCACAACGGCCUCUCCUGCGGGGCGGACAUCUCGUCGGCCGUCCCUGAGCUGAACUUCGCGCUGGGGUCCCUGGAGAUGAGGCAGGUGGACCUGUCCGUGUCCGGCGCACACGAGUACACCGUGCGGCUGCAGAACAACAGCUGCGGUCUGGUCUGGGGCAACUUCAACCUGACCGCCGUGGAGAGGCAGGCCAAAUCGUACUUCGUCGCUCUGCACGAUACCAACAAUGCAGUUCUGUACCACGUGAACGGAUUCGACGAACUUGACAAAACCGAGUCUGGAAACCCGAAACUUAGGGUGCUGUACAGUUUUCCAGGCGCCACAGCAAAUAAGAGCCUAUCCUUGAAGACUGACAAUGAAGUAAAAAUGACAAUUGAACUGAUAGAGUCGGAUUAUAGUUCCGACUACACAACGGUAGAUGCAGCUGAAUAUUCUGUUGAGAUAGAUGGAGUCGACGUAGGCCUACAGAAAAUCAAUCUUCAGUGGGGAGGUGUCUAUACGUACUUAAUACGUGGAAACGAUUCUGAUCCAUAUACGGGGCAGCUGUUCACCAUCACCAACCCCAACACGGUGCACAUGCUGUGGCUGGUGCCGCAGUACGUGAUCAUGUCCAUGGGGGAGGUCAUGUUCUCCAUCACGGGGCUGGAAUUCGCCUUCACGCAGGCUCCCGUCAGCAUGAAGUCCGUGCUGCAGUCGGGGUGGCUGCUGACCGUGGCGAUAGGAAACCUCAUCGUCAUCAUCAUCGCAGAGGCCAAGUUCUUCAGCAGACAGAUGUUCGAGUUCGUGCUUUUCGCCUGCCUGAUGGCCGUCGACAUGGCGAUAUUCGCCCUCAUGUGCAUGCGCUACAAGUACGUGGUCCAGCGAGACGACGAGAGCUGCAGCGAGGACGCAGCCUCCGUCGAGCUCCCCAUGGGGACGAAACCUCCCCGGCAGAACGGCAUCGACAACAAGACGUUCAAAGACGACGACGAGAGAUGAACGCGCGUCCCUGAAAGAAGAACGUAACCCCAGCAUUGUUUUUUUUUUUCAUUUCCUAUCGUGUUUUGUUCUGUGAUAUAGUUUUAGCGUCGAUGUUCGGCUAUUGUCCUUUUGUAAAUUUUUAUACGAGCGUGACUAUACAUAGUUGUAUAUACAGUGGAAGUCCUAUAUUUAAUUGUUUUCUUAAGGCGGCAAUUCAUGACCCCCCCCCCCCCCCUCCCACACAAGGGUGUGGCUGGGUGGACCCAUGGACCCAGCCCUGUUUAUUUUUAAAUGUUUAACGAUCAUAAUUUUUUUUUACAAACUGGAAAAAACAUAUUGAAUAUUCCAUAAAUAAAGCUUAGUUUGUACUUAUAAAAUAGUAACCAUAAUAUAUAUAUACCCUGUAUUUGCAGGUUAAAUAACAUUCUAAAAAUAGUGUAGGUAAGAAAUAACCAUGCAAUUAUAAUGUAGCACGUGACUGGAAAAUUGUAAGGGGGGGGGGGGGGGUGGUUUGUCUCCGAUCCUAGGUCCAGGGCUCGUAAUUGAACGUGGGGGCCAUGGGCGGCAUGUUCGCUUUGAUCUAAAUAUAUAUGUACAUAUAUAUAUUUUUACACUGUGAUGUACUUAUUUUUUUAUAAUAACUAAUACAUUUUAACAAGUACCUUAUUUAAUUUUACGUCAUCAUUCAACGUUUUCAACAUUCCAACUGUAGCUUUUCAAGUAAAAUGUUAUAAUUCACAUUAUUUAAUUUCAGAUAAACAAUAUUUUUUAACACUGAUUUUACUAGUUCCUUGAUGUUGACUGUUCGCAAAAAAAAUGUAUGUUAAAAAUUAGCUUAGCUGUAUAUAUAUUUUAAAGGAAUACAAUAAAGUUUAUUUUUAAGUUAA